AUAGCUUAUGGAGGCAAAAAUAGAUUUUUCAUGGCUCGUCAGCCCUAAUGAUUAAUUUUCUCAUCUCAAUUCCUCCGCAAAAUUAUCUUUUUUGGUGAAUUCUUCCGCAAAUUCAAAUUCCCGCCUAACGGGAAAGUGAAAGAAAAUCGAAAAUUCCACAAUCAGAAAAUUCAAAUUCUCAUUUUCACAGAAAAUUGAAAUGUCAUCAACCUCAAACAACAACAUGAACGAUGUUGAUCGUUUGUUCGCAUGCUUCAAAUGCGGUUUAUCACCCCCUAAAUCUGCUUUGAUUGAAAGAAAAAGGAGGAAAAGGAAAUUGGAGAAGGAAAUUCCAAAGAAUGGGUCACCGGGAGAAUGUUCAAAUCCAGGAUCAAUUGGAGGAGAAGAGAAAACUCCGUUGUCUUGCAUCAAAACAACAAAUGUGGAAUCUUCUAUUGAGAAACUUAAAUCAGCAAUAGCUAAAGCAAAAAGCUCUAGUAAUCGGAAGCAGAUCUCGCCAGUUGUAUUCUACGGUUCUCCUCAUGGUGUGCCUCCGAAAAAACCGACCCGUUUAUGGCGAUUGUUGCAUGAGAUACGUAUUGAUCUCUCUCAGAGGAAAAAACUGAACUUAAGGAAGGAAGUGUGGUCCACAUUCCCAAGGCAGGAUGAAGCAAUAAACUUUGCCAAAGGACAAGAAGAUGUCCAUCUCUUUAGUUAUCAAGAUCACUUCAAUGGCCAGAGAAGGUUCCUUGCGUCUACAUAUACAGAAUUCUGGCGAAGGUACAAAAACAUGGAUUCAAAAUUCCGUCAUCAUUAUGAAGUGAUUCAAGAGGGUUUACCAUGCCACCUUUAUUUUGAUUUGGAGUUUAAUAAAAGAGUCAACGUAGGAAAGAAUGGAGAUGAAAUGGUUGAUCUUUUGAUAUCAAUAGUUCUAGAAGCCUUACACGAAAAGUAUGAAAUCCAUGGAGACCACGAUUGGAUAGUAGAACUCGACUCUUCAACUGAAGAUAAGUUCUCUCGCCAUCUAAUAAUUCGCAUACCAAAGGCUGCUUUUAAGGAUAACUCCCACGCAGGUGCAUUUGUUUCAGAAAUAUGCUCAAGAAUUCUAAACGCAAGGGGGAAAGAUAAACGUUGUGAAAAAUUGUUUAUAGCAAAAGAUUCAAGUACCGAUGAAUCUGCUUACCAACUUUUUGUGGAUACUGCUGUAUAUACUCGGAAUCGUGUUUUCCGUCUUCAUCUAUCUUCAAAGGCAGGAAAAAGUUCAAUUCUUUUGCCAACAGAGAGAUUUAAGUGCAAAAACUUGAGUGAAGAAGACAUGUUCAUGGCUUCCUUGAUCUGCAACAUGGAUGUUGAUUGUGGAAAGCUUCUGGUCUGCAAACCAGACUUAGAUUGCGUGAAGACUCUGCAUUUUGAUACAGAGUUGAAUUAUAAUGUUGGAAACUCUGUCCAAAUGCAUCCAGAAUUUACAUUGAAUACUUGCACAAGUGAUGUUUCGGGAACAUACUUCAUGGGAAAGUCACCAUUCCCAUUUAUCGACGAAUUUAUAUUAUCGGUUGCCUCUGUUGGGAAUAUACCAGGAAAAAUUCAUAGUUGGUAUUUAUUCUCUGAAUUUGGACUGAUGGUCUACAGCAUGACAAAAAACAGAUACUGUGAGCGAAUUGGCAGACAGCAUAAAAGCAAUAACGUGAUAUACGUUGUUGAUCUAAGAAGGGCAGUGUAUUAUCAAAAAUGUCACGAUGCUGACUGUAGAGGUUAUCGGUCUCCCUUGCGACCAAUUCCAGUUCACGUAUUCUCCAAUCCUUCAGUUGCUAUUGGUUCAUCUGAGAUGUUAGAUGAUAAAUAUCCAGUAGAUGAUGGGUGGGGAAGUCAACCUGAUGAUAACAACAAACCCAAUCUUCUACAAUACGAAGACACUGUUGAGGACAACUCCAGUGAUUCUUGGUGGCUAGAAGCCAUAAAAGUAGUUGAGGAUGUGGAGAAUAAGCAAACGGCAACAGAACUAAACACCAAGAAUGAGGAAAUUGAUGAUGGAGAUGAUGAUGAUGAGUGGUGGCUGGCGGUAGAAAGGACUGCAUCCCAGGCUGAACUGGCAUAUACUUCAACUAAUUCAGGAUGUUAGCGGCACAAUUCAGCUCGCCAAUGAGUUUCCGUGGCUCUCUACAUGCCGGAUCAACAUAAUUAGCUCCACUUGAUGAUUGGCGCCAGAAAAGGAGUUUGUUGCACUUAUCUGCAGCAAGCAACAUAAAGAUGAGAUCCUGAAAAGCAGAAAAGUUUGGGAGAAAAUCCGGAAAAUGAGCUUAAUGACUAAAGGAAAAUGAAUUCUAUUGUUGGAGAUACAGACUUCAAUUUUUGCACUGUCAAAACUACUGCCCGUCCCUGUUGAAGGGUUGUAGGCCAUGCAGAAUGUUUCAUGGUUGUGCAGGGCACAUGAAGACCUUUGCAUGCCCGUGUAAAGUGUGAUCACUUCUUGGCGGAUUUGGAUCAUCGACAACUGUGGCGCGGUGCACACCAGCUGCAAAGGAUUCAUACACCAUUUGAACCUCUGUUGGGCCUUUUUGGAUCCUCUCCUGCAGAAAGUAAAAGGGAGGGACUAGAGAGAGAAAAGAGAGGAGGGUAAAAAAAGAGAGAAAAGAGAAGAGAAAUAGAGAGGAAGGAGGAUGCACAUUGUACACCAUACUUUCUAAGAACCUAAUUUGUUAUCUCAUCCUUUUUCUUUACAAAUUCAAAUCAUGGAUGUUAGAAUAUUAUAAAGGAUUAAAUAUGUUUGAGAUCCUUA